AUGAAGGUCGUUUUUGUUACUGUGGGAACAACUAGCUUCGAUGAUCUAAUUAAAACCAUUUCAUCGGAUGAAUGUUGUAAGAUAUUAGAGAGUAGAGGAUAUACGAAAUUGCUUCUUCAAAUCGGCUGUGGUAAUUUCGAGCCCAAAUUUAAUACGACAAACAAACUUCAGUUAGAGUAUUAUCGAUAUAAGCCGUCGCUGAACGAUGACAUGAUGAAUGCCGAUGUGAUCCUUAGCCAUGGAGGCGCUGGAAGUAUUUUGGAAUGCCUACAACUUAAAAAGAAACUCUUAGUAGUAAUUAACGAUAAGUUAUCCGAAAAUCAUCAGGUCGAGUUUGCUACAAAACUGUCUAACAGUGGAUACCUAUAUUGUUGCACUUGCAACAACUUAACAACCGUGCUACAGGAAUCUAACUUUAGUAAGCUGAAAAAAUUCCCAUCAAGUGAGCCAGAAAGUUUCUGUCACUUCUUGAAUCAACAACUCGGAUUACCACCUUAA